AUGGCACCGACGCCGAGUCAGGCCCAUGCGCUUGCACUUGUGGAGCGAAUUGAGGGCUGCCUAAGCCUCGUCGCUGUGUUACUCAUCUUCAUUGCGUACGGGCUCGUGGCGCGACUGCGGAACCCUCGGAAUACCUUCAUUAUCAUGGCGAGCAUCGCCAACCUCGGCUCAAGCAUCGCUUACAUCAUUGCGAGGGAUGGACUCGCCGCUGGGGAAGACUCUGCGCUCUAUAAGGCGCAGGCGUUUCUGCUUCAAAUGCUCGGGCAGUCCGAUCCGUGGUGGGCUUUUGGACUAUCCUUCAAUACCCUCCUUGUUGUCCUGGGCCAUACAAACCCCCAUACGUUCCACGCAUGGCAGCACUGUCUCGUCUGCUUCGGAGGGCCAUUUACCAUCGCUUUUGCGCUGCUUUUUAUUUCAACACGAGCUCGUGGACCUAUUUAUGGCUAA